AUGCCUCUUUUCCAUAGGUGCUGGUCUCAAGUUGGAAAACGCGGAGGCAAACAACAGCUAUCACUUGGUUCAGGGUGUGAAAACAAAGGACGAGCUAUCCAUGAGCUGAUGCACGCUCUUGGUUUCCUCCAUGAACAGAGUCGACAAGACCGGGAUGAACAUGUGAUAAUUCUAUAUCAAAACAUUCAAGAUGGUGAGUGUACGUUUGACUGUACAGUACAGUGAAGCUAUCCUCAAGUGACAAUAUUCACCCUUUGAGUUUGAGGCAAGCCAAAACGUGUGUUAAUAAGUGUGCUAAACUCAAGUUCGGACUGCAUAGCCCUCUUUGCCUUGUAUGUCUGUUCAGUCGUGAUCCCGAACGAGUUCUCGAUCUUUAGCCAGGGGUCUUGUUGGCAAUGCAAAAAAGACCUUUUACGUGAGUCUUACGAUUAUUUUCUUCUCUACACACGUGAGCAAUAUUCAGGAUGUUGAGUGUGUGACUUAAAUAAAUAAAUAAUGAUUUGGAGGUAGCACAUUCACAAAGUAGUUCUUCGUCUACCUGAUUCCUGAUCGAAUUGGAAUUUGAGUUGCCUCUUAUCGAAAACGGAAUGAUUAAGAAGUAAAAAAAUAUAUAACAUGAAUAUCUCAUUGAUUUGACUUCACAAAUCUAACUAACACAUCACAGGGGGAUAGAGAAAGCUACUUCGUACCUUUAAACGUGAGACGGUACAAUUUUUAGUGGCGAAAAACCUUACCGUAAGUCACUUUACCGCCGGAAGCUCUUCCUGCCGUUCAAACGUGAACUGCAAUUAUCGAAUUUUUUUGCAGGGAAAGACUCCCAAUUUAAAACACGUCAUCAAGAGACCAACGACUUGCCUUAUGACUUUCACUCCAUCAUGCACUACAGCAAGACGUUCUUCAGCAAAAACAACCAGCCCACUAUUGCGGCACGCAUUGAUCCAGAAAUGAACCUAGGACUAAAGGAUAGCUUCUCUGCUUUAGAUGUUGUCCGAGUAAACAUGCUGUACGAAUGCCCACAGCUACAAACCAACUGUAAGUACAUCCAUUGUUUUUGA